UCAAAAACACGAAAAAGGCAAAACGAAGAAGAGAAAAAAAAAAAAAAAAAAAGCGUUAAGUCAUUUUCCUCUUUGCUCUUCUGAGAUUCAGAUCCAAACAUCCACAAAAGAAGGAAACGUGGGAGGGAGCUGAACAAUCUUGAAAAUGGCGACGGUGUCUCCUCUGGCUAAAUACAAGCUGGUCUUCCUGGGCGAUCAGUCCGUCGGAAAAACCAGCAUCAUCACCCGCUUCAUGUACGACAAAUUCGAUACCACCUAUCAGGCUACGAUUGGGAUUGAUUUUCUGUCGAAAACGAUGUACCUUGAAGAUCGGACAGUUCGUUUGCAGCUUUGGGAUACUGCAGGGCAAGAAAGAUUUAGGAGUCUCAUUCCAAGCUACAUCAGGGAUUCCUCUGUUGCAGUGAUUGUUUAUGAUGUAGCUAAUAGACAGUCAUUUCUGAACACUAAUAAGUGGAUAGAGGAAGUACGAACAGAACGAGGAACUGAUGUCAUUAUCGUGCUUGUGGGGAACAAAACUGAUCUCGUUGAUAAAAGACAAGUCUCUAUAGAGGAAGGGGAUUCCAAAUCUCGUGAAUUUGGAGUCAUGUUCAUUGAAACUAGUGCAAAAGCAGGAUUUAAUAUCAAGCCUUUAUUCCGCAAGAUUGCUGCUGCAUUACCAGGGAUGGAAGCCCUUUCUUCAACAAAACAGGAAGACAUGGUCGAUGUAAACCUGAAGCCGACAACUAAUUCAUCCCACACAGAGCAGCAAGGAGGGUGUGCAUGCUAGGUGGCCGGCUAUUCAUUAUUCAAAGGAAAAAGAGAAAGCAAUUAGCAUAAUCCAAAUUCAGCCAACAUAGUGAUCUAGCGACAUAGAUCUAAUGCUUUCUGUUCCAUUAUGUAAUCGUACAAUUUUCAGUGUUCAUAGGAAACUGAAGGUAGCAACUCUUGUGUUCUAACCUACUAGAAAUUAAAUGACAGCUUGAAUUUUUCUUACA